AUGUUUGCUAAAAUAAUAUCACCUUUAGUUGGAGCUUUACUUAUUAGUUUAGCUUUAAUUAGUUUAUCAUCAGAUAUAAAUCCUUCUCUUCAUCUAUAUAUGCAUCAAUUUUUAAAACAAAUUCAAGAAAAUAUUCCUAUUAAAUAUAUACGAGAAGCAUCAUUAAACCGAGUUAAAAUAAUAUUUUCAAUUUAUCUUCUUAUUUCUGGAUUUGUUCUUCAUUAUUGUCAAGGAGUAAAACGUUUAAUUGUAUUAAUACCAUUAUCAAUAGUUUCAAUAUGUAUGAUAAAAUUAACAAUAAUAUUUAGUUUAUCAGUAUCAAGUAUUCCAAUAUAUAUAUUUCUAGUUGUUUCUAUAAUAAUUAUUCUUUUUAAUGAUUGUGCUCAAUUAGAUGAACUUGAUAUAUAA